UGUGUCACAGCAAGAGACCAUUCGACAGGGAAGUCAGGUCAUCUCAAUCUCAUCGCUCGAUGUUGAGGGCUGUGGAGUCCCCCACCGAAUGUUCGUGUUACUUUUUCUAGCGUUUCCUAGCGCUUGUCACAGUGGCGCCGAAGGUCGAAGGAGAAAAGGAGAGGAGGGUCAACGUCGGCUCGUAUUCAAUUUCAGUGACGGAUGGCAGCAAGCCCCUGCCGCGAAGCGUAAAGCCGGACCAGUACGGUCGUGGAAGAGGCGCGAUUGGACGGAGCAGUUAUGUCAGCCCGCAUUCGCUUGCUUUGGCGAGGCCAGCACCACGCUUGGCAAUGAAACACGCAUACGGAAGGGCGGCAGGGAAGGCGAAAUUCCUGCGCACCAUGAUGCCAUUGGAACGCAGUGAGCAUGCAUGGUGCAUCAGCUGGCUGUCUAGCUGGUCGUCGGUCGAGUGCUCGUUCUGGCGCCGCCGUCGUAGUCGCUGGCUCAAAGGCGGCGUGGCUGCCCUGGAGUACCACUUCUUGAGUACCAGUGUGCGCAACAAAGAGACAAAGAGAGGCACAGUCAGGGUGAUCAGGAGCAUCGUCAAACAAAGCGACCGGGAGCGCUGCAG